GGGACGGCAGGAGCGGGGCAGCCAUCCUGGUGCAUGUGCUCACACGGUGGUGGCAGGUCAUCCCUUUUCCUCAGCAGCAUCCAGCAGGAGAAGAUGCCAGACAGGAGUGUGUGGGUGCUGGCACUGGCACUGGCGCUGGCACUGCCCUGUGCUGGGCAGCAGUACCGGGAGGAGGCUGAGCGCAUCAUGACCACCACGCCAGUCAUCGACGGGCACAACGACCUGCCCUGGCAGCUCCUCAAGAGGUUCAACAACCAGCUGAGGGUGCCAACAGCCAACCUGACACUGCUGAACGACACCCACACCAACAUCCCCAAACUGCGCCGCGGACACGUGGGCGGGCAGAGCGGGAAGGUGGCCAGUCUCAUGGGGGUGGAGGGCGGCCACUCCAUCGACAGCAGCCUGGGCGUCCUGCGCACCUUCUACCGCCUGGGCGUGCGCUACAUGACCCUCACCCACAACUGCAACACUCCCUGGGCUGACAACUGGUUGGUGGACACCAAGGAGGAAAAGCCAGUGCAUCAUGGCCUCUCAGCCUUUGGGAAGACAGUGGUGGAGGAGAUGAACCGCCUGGGCAUGAUUGUGGACCUGGCCCACGUCUCGGUGGAUACGAUGAAGGUUGUGCUGAACAUCUCCAAAGCCCCCGUCAUCUUCAGCCACUCGUCUGCCUACGCCCUCUGUGCUCACCGCCGCAACGUGCCCGACGAUGUGCUGCAGCUGGUGGCCUCCACGGGCAGCCUGGUGAUGGUCAACUUCUACAAUGACUACGUGACCUGCAAGAACACAGCCACACUGGCUGAUGUUGCAAACCACAUGGACUACGUGAAGAAGGUGGCCGGGGCCCAGUCUGUUGGCUUUGGUGGGGACUACGAUGGGGUCACACGGCUCCCCACUGGCCUGGAGGAUGUCUCCACCUAUCCUGCACUGGUGGCCGAGCUGCUGGCAAGGAACUGGACAGAGCAGGAGGUGAAGUUGGCCCUGUCUGAGAACCUGCUCCGGGUCUUCAGCAAGGUGGAGGAGGUGAAGGGGACCCUGCAGGACACACCUGCCCACGAGACACCCAUCGCCUUUGAGGAGCUGGACGGGACGUGCAGGACCAGAUAUGGGUACUCCAAUGGCUCCGGCACAGCCCGGCUCCUGCCCGCAGCCCUGGCACUGCCGCUGGCGCUGGCCCUGCGCCUCUCCCUGCUCUCUUAGCAUCCAACUGCCACCGUGGCCCUGCCACCCUGCCCGGGGGCUGCCGGGUUGGGCACAAUCCUGCAGCCCUUCCUGCCGGAACCAUCCGCAAAAUAAACCCGUGGCUCGAGCAGUGCCGGCAGCGACUGUCAGUGUGGGACCUGCAGGGACCCAGCGCCCACAAGCUCCUGGUUGGGAUG